UCGAACAUAAAAAAAUAAAAUAAAUAAAAAACCGCGAAACUUUAUGAAAUAAAAUAUGUUGGUAGAUUAAAAGUACGAAAAAGCUUUUUACAGCUAAAAUUCUCGUUGCUCUUUAUUGAAAUCAAAGGAAUCUGAGGGUGAAGAAAAAAGUAGCAAUAAAAAUAAUAAUCCAAUCCUUUAUUCUCUGUAAUUUUGACAAAAUGAGCUUAAGUAUUAUAACAUCCAAAGGAAUAGCAGAAGAAUUAAUAAACAUGUAUUUAUUCAAAUAACGGAGAUUAAAUAUGCGCAACUCAUCAAUUUAUAAAAGAGUAUAAAACUCUGACUGUCGUAUUUGUUUUUCUUUUAUUUUUAUUUUUAUUAUACAAUUUUUACCUUCGAAACGAGCUGCUUAAAAAUAAAUCCGUCGGAUUCAACAGCAAAUGAAUGAACCAACUCAAAAUGAACAUCACGCCGACCUUAUUAUUAUUAAAUUUAACAAACUUUCAUAACAAUAAUAAUUUUAAUAUAUAUAACAAUAUUUUAUUAAACAAUAGUGUUACACAAUAUGGUGAAGAAUUUACAACGAGUUUGUAUAUAAAAUUAAUAUUUUAUUUUUUAUAUUCAUUAAUUUUCAUUCUGGGAGUUUUCGGUAAUAUUUUAGUGUGUUAUGUUGUAGCGCGCAAUCAAGAUAUGCAAACAGUUACUAAUUUAUUUAUUACAAAUUUGGCAGUGAGUGACAUAUUACUGUGUAUGUUAGCAGUACCAUUAACACCGUUGUACACAUUUUUGGGUGGUUGGGUGUUUGGUGAAAGUUUGUGCCAUUUGUUACCCUAUGCUCAAGGUGUAAGCAUUUAUAUAAGUACAUUGACUUUGACGAGUAUUGCAAUUGAUAGAUAUUUAGUUAUUAUUUAUCCUUUCCGACCGCGUAUGCAAGUAAUGACAUGCAAAGGAAUAAUAAUAAUUAUAUGGAUAGUAGCAUUAGUACUCACUCUUCCGUAUGGUAUCUAUAUGGGCCUUGAAAAAUAUCAAUAUUGUGAAGAAAAUUGGCCUACAGAUAAUUUUCGUCUGUUAUUUAGCUCAAUAACUUGUAUUUUUCAAUUUGUUAUACCAUUUUUCUUGAUAGCUUUCUGCUAUAUUUGUGUGUCCAUUAAACUAAAUGAUCGUGCUAAAUCAAAACCAGGAUUUAAAACAAGUAAACGUGAAGAAGCUGACAGAGAAAGAAAAAAACGCACUAACCGCAUGUUAAUAGCCAUGGUGACUAUUUUUGGUGUCUGCUGGAUGCCGCUCAACAUUAAUAAUAUUUUGGAUGAUAUUUACGAUUUUUCAUCACAUUGGUCUUAUUAUUAUUUGUGUUUCUUCAUGGUUCACUGUAUUGCGAUGUCUAGUACAUGUUACAAUCCAUUUCUUUACGCUUGGCUUAAUGACAAUUUCCGUAAGGAGUUUAAAAAGGUAUUGCCCUGUAUUUCAAGAUUCUCAACAACAAAUUUUAUGUCUGGGACAACAGAACCUUACAGAAGUGAAAGACUCUGUAAUGGCAACGACGCUAUACAAGAGAAUUUAUUGAACAGUUUGGCAUCUAAAUUCAAUCCUAAUGUUACUGAAGAGAGUAUACAACUUGAAUCAAGACCAGCGUCACCAUUUCAACCCAAUGAACGUAUUAUCAAUGAAUUUACGGAUGUUGAAGAUGUACGUUUAUAGAAUUCUAAAUUUAUCAUCCUAAUUCCAC